AACAUACCUAAUAUUCCCUCCGUUCUUUUUUUUUUAUCUUCUCAUUAGCAUUUUGCACCAUAUCCAUUCACUAGUAGAAAAAAUGACAAAGGCACCCCACCCUUGGGACCGGUUUUUGAAAACCGGUGGUUAAAAAAACGGGCGGGAUUGGAAAACAAGCUUUUGGCACCGAUUCCAGCCAAACCGAUGGCAAAUUAUCUUUUUAGCAUCGGUUCAAUAAAAAAGAAAUAUUUUUAAAAAAAAAAACAAGGGGAGAAAGGGAUUUGGCACCAGUUCGGUUCAAUGCCCAUUUAAAAAAAAAAUCCGCUCGUAUUUCUUCUUCUUCUUCUUUUCUUUCCCCCUAUUUUUCAUUUUCGGUUUUCCCUAACUCUCGUUUUCGCCCUUCUCUUAGCUUCGACCACCUCUGAAGUUCCACCUUUCUCCAUAUCUCUCUUCCAUUACGCGUGCUCGUAGUUCUCCAUUGAAGCGCAUUCUGAGCUUUGUCAAUAUCACUCCUCCACUAUGCGUACUGUUAAUUCUCCAUUGAAGCGGAUUCGAGCUUUCUCACCUCCAUUGAAGCAGCUUCGAUGUAAAAGCACUUAUGAAGGAUCAUUUAAGUGGAAAAGCAGGAGGAUCAAGUGAAAAGUUGUCUCAGCCCAGUGCAUCAGUUGAACCGAACUCACGUAACUUUGAUGAUUUAGUGUUGAAAUUCCUGAACAACAAAGAUGUUUGGGCUCUAGAGUUCUUUGCACCCUGACCUGGUUUGUCAGAUUGAUCGAUGGACUGUUCCUUUUAUUUAGAGGUUGCUGUCAAGAAAAUGAAGAGGAAGUUCUAUUUUUGGGAAGAAUGUGUAAAUUUGAGGGAAGUGAAGUCCCUCCGUAGAAUGAGUCAUCCCAACAUCAUAAAGCUGAAAGAAGUACGAGAAAAUAAUGAGCUGCUUUUUAUAUUUGAAUAUAUGAUUUUGCCUGUGAAUCUGUCGGACAUCAUCCCAAAUGCUAGCUGGGAAGCUGUUGAUCUUAUCGGCCAACUGUGUUCUUGGGAUCCACUUAAGAGGCCAACAGCAGAGCAGGCGCUGCAGCAUCCAUUCUUCAAUGUUGCUUCAUGGGUCCCUCGUCCAAUUCAUGAUCCUUUACAGAACAAACCAGAGUAUACGAAAACAAAGCAAGACGGCGCCUUCUAAUCCGUGUAUCCCCCAUUGAAGAGGCAGCUUCUGAGAAUCAAAAUGCUGACUCUGCUAUAUUGAGACAGCUGAAUUUACUCGAGUUUGGUUUGCUUGGACUACUGAAAUAAUAAUGCAUAUUGCAUAGCUUUUGCCAUUCCUACUGCUGUGAAAUCUGCCGGGCUAAAGUUUAACAUUUUGCUUUUCAUGAAUAGUGUUGAUCUUUAAUCCCUUCUUAUAUAAUUGCAUGUCAGGUUUGGUUUGCUUGGACUACUGAAAUAAUAAUAAGUGCAUCCUUGUUU